AUGAACUGGACCCUGGUGCAAAAACCAGGAAAUGUGCUUCACAAGGAUAGGAUGGUUAGCGAGGUCUUCUCAGAAAUCGACCCAACAAAGUACAAGAAUACCUUGCCCGGUUACAGUGCUCAGGGUGCCUGCAAGUUUGGAUCCUACGAGUUCUUCAAGAACUACUAUUCUUACAUGGUUGGAACAGAGAAUGCAGCCAACUACAAAACUUUCAUAUACCUUGCUGCUUCAGCGUCUGCAGAAGUCAUUGCCGAUGUUGCUCUUUGCCCCAUGGAGGCCGUCAAAGUUGGCGUCCAAACUCUGAGGUCAAUUCUGAGGGCUCUACAAAGGCCUGGUUCCUCUUUGGGGGCGUCUGACAGAUUCCAUGUAAAUACCAUGAUGAAAUUUGCCUCUUUCCAAACAAUUGUUGAGAGGCUGUACACUUAUGCCAUCCCAAGGCCUAAAGAGCAGUGUAGCAAAUCCCUGCAGCUUGGAGUGAGAUUGCUGCCAACAACUGGUAGCGCUACCACUGCUCCUGCCGCCAACAAGUCAAGGGGGGAGCCUGUUUGUGCACCCUAA